AUGUCAUCGGAAAUCGACAACGGCUCUGUACCACGGUUUUUCGUCAAUAAUGCAACAUGGAACUGCCACUAUAACAACGCCUCCAUUUACACCGACUUCGUGAACAUACGACCCGGGGUUUGCGCUUAUAUUCCAGAAGUUUACGAUUCUGUUUGGCUUUGUCAAGCAACAGACCCUUCUUGUUGGACUUGGAGCCACGCUUGCUCAGGUCAAGACGGCCGGGCCGGAGAAGACCAGGUAGAUUGCAGCGCGAAUGGAGUAUCUUGGUGUUGUCUCCGGAAUUGGGAAACUUGCUCGGGUCGCGAGAAUCAAACGAAUGUUUGCUGGGCAACCACAUUCACAAACCCUCUAUUUGCUGUUGACCCUGCAAGUCCAAACGCAACCGUCAACGCUGCUGAAGUUCUUGAGGAUCAGGGGAUAACGCCGGUUCCGGUCCCAACUUCUCUCUUUUCUUUGUCGAAACCGUCAACUGUGUCGUCUUCAGUGCUGUCGACGCUAUUUUCACCAGCAUCUACUGGACAACCUACGAACACGACAAGUACUCCACCUGCAACAUGCCUCACGACAUCAGAAGUCUCGAAGAUGGUGAACAAUGCUCAUGCAAAUGCCUCAAUCGCCGGUCAAAUCAUUGGAAGCCUCGUUGCCACCGGGCUGAUUAUGAAUGCUAUUCUCUGGUGUCAACGCAAAAGGUGUAAGCAGCGGCUAAAGGCUAAGGUCCAAGAAACUACUGGCAAGGCAAAUAUGAUAAUACAUGGGAACAGCUGUACUCCAUCGCCUUCGUUCGGAUUUAAGAGGUCUUCAUCGAAGCUGAGCUUUCAAGAUCAAAGCAAUAGUCAUUCACGAUCGAUCUCUAGGAGUUCCCAUCAGCAUCAUUUUCAUGAGUCCGAGCCCAGUACUGCGAACCAGAGUGUUAGCCAUUUAUCAAACACAAAUCCAGAGAACGAGACCUCUAUUGCCUCUGCAGCAAUCGAACGAAGAACCUUGCUCCCAUCUUCUCCAACAUCACCACACCGUGUACAUAAAAAGCAACUGUCGUCACACGAGAUUUCAUUGCCUUUCCAUGCCUCAGGGAGCUCUUCAACUCUUAGAAACAUCGCAGAAGCGUACGAUGAGGCGCCUGAAGACCCUUCAGAUCUUGAUAGAUAUGUCACCUUCGAGGCCGCAAGAAAGGCGGCCGAGAGGAUCAGAUUGGCACGUCAGCAGCAACAGCAGCGUUUGGCCGAGUGCGGUUUUUAG